AUGUUUAAUGCUAAUUUUGUAAUGGGUCAAACUUGUGUUGACCAAAAAUACUUAACAUGGUGUUUUGAAAAUAUUUUAAGGAAAAAACACAACAAUGUUUUUUUUACAAAAACACAACAAGGAAAACACCGUGGUAUCCAAACGAAGCCGUAAUUUUUCUGAAUAAUGAUUUUUCCAGUCUUUACACAUUCUCUAUACUGGAUUCAAACAGAAGCAUUCAUGUACUUACAAGGUGCAAUACUGACAUGACGUGUUAACUGCUAUUUUGAUGUUUGGAUUUUUUCCCUUCUUGAUUAUCUGGUCCUCACAGAACAUCUCAGUUCAAUUGGACAAGGUCUCACUUACUUUCUCAUUGUUACAAUGGCACUUGUGGCUGGUAAUUGUAUUGGCGGAACAUGGUUGGAGUUAGAUUCUUACUAUAUUUCCUAUAUAGACACCUCUCAAACUUGUGAACCUUAGAGUUGAGACUUCUACAAGGAGCUAUAAAUACAUGCAAAACAGAUGCAUAGCUAUGGAGUUGUGAGUUGUCAAGGAGCUUGUUGGAUGAUGCUAGCCAUUCCCUCUGACUUCCUUGUGCGAACCAGCCUUGAGGGACUUUAACAAGAUUGUCCUGACGACCUUUACAUAUGUAGGCUUUCAAGCAAAUCCAGUACUCCUUUUGAAGAGAGGAACGUUUGGCAUGGAGCAAAGGAAUUCGUUCGAUAUACCUCAAACGCCUACUGUGAACCAUGAUCAAAUCUGGAGUCGUCCCCACCCUGAUCCUUCAUUGCACUUGGGUGCAGGAAAUGAAUCUUUUAUGCUUCCUACAAAUGAUGCAGCACGCGCUGUAGCAUUAAGGCCAAAUGCCUAUCCUUCAUCUAGUUAUUCAAAUUACACAGCGACAAAUAAUGGACCAUCAUUUGGUCCCUACCUUCAUCCUUCAUCCACUGCCAGCUCCAGUUGGUUUCCACCAAAUCAAGCCCUGUACGGGCUACCACCUUAUCUCGAUCAGUAUGGAAGUAACAUAGUUGAACCCCAUGCAGAGAUUUUAAGGGCGUCAUUUAAAAGGAAAAGCCCAACUAGGCCUCUUGCUGAAACUAGAGAGAAUUCUACCGGAUACUACAUUGCUAAUAGUCCUUCUAAUCCUCGCACGUCCUUUAACCCUUUACUCCCAGAGCCUAUGACAUGGCCUCAAUCUCAGUCUUCGGAUACUCUCCGUGUUUCCCAUGGUUACAGAAAUGAUUAUCAAUUGGGUUCUCGUGAAGACUCUCGGAGAAAUGUGAGAAGCCGUCAUAACUACCACACUCGUGUGGAAAGUAACCCAACUGUGGCUUACCCGUCGAGUAAUCUGCCUCAUUUCCAUGGAGCAGGAAACUCAUCAGGGCUUAGAAUGGGAGGAUACUCAAGCCAAAUGCCCAUGGCCGCGCAAGGAAGAAACCUUUCUUCAGAUUUCACAUUUAAUUAUGGAAAUUCUUCAAGUCAUAGCAUGGGAGGACACUUGAGCCAUGCACAAAUGCCUAUAUCCGUCCAAGGAAGAAACCUAUCUUCAGAUUCCAGCUUUAGUUAUGCAGGUCCUAGCAUGGGAGGACACUCGAGGCAUGCCCGCAUGCCUACAGCCACCCAAGGAAGAGAUCUUUCUUCAGAUUCCAGCUUUAGUUACGACAGCAGCCAGUCUUUUGCACGGUCUGGUGUUACCAACACCACUUUUGGUGCUAAUCGGGUAUUUCAACCAAACAGCAAUUGGAGAAGCAAUGCAAUUCCUUUACCUACUCCUCAUGAGCCUUUUACACAAGGCAUAGGGGCCAAUACCCAUAGUUUCAAUCAGAUUUCAAAUUCUUAUAGACCCAUUUCAAGCUAUACUCCUGUGGAUGUGGAAGGCGGUGGGCCCUCUCCAAUGGAAACUGUUGUGUCCUCCAGAUAUUUCAGUCCAUUUUCUAUCACAGAGCGUCGCAGCUACAGGAACAGAAGGACGAGGAGCCCCUACAGUAGAUCACAGAGGAGGAUUUCUUACAAUAGGUCACAGUCAAGUUAUUAUGGAGAUAAUACCUAUAUGAUAUUGUUAUCUGAGGUGGCAGCAGUGAUUGAUGAAUCUACCCUCUUUGUCUUUUUGAGCUGGUUUGAUGAGCAUAGAGAAAUGAGGCUAGAUGCAGACAACAUGAGCUACGAGGAAUUACUUGCUUUGGAAGAUAGGAUUGGAAUUGUGACCAGGGGUUUGUCGGAAGAAUCUAUUUCUGGAUGUUUGGAAGAAACUACAUAUUGUUUGUCCAAUCAAACUGAAGAUGGUCGGGAGGAAGAGAAGUGUGUGAUAUGUUUGGAAGGAUACAAAGACAGAGAUAAGCUCGGAAGGUUAAAUUGUGGACAUAACUUCCAUGUUGAUUGCAUCAAGAACUGGUUGGUGGUAAAGAACGCCUGCCCACUAUGCAAAGCUGCUGCUGUCAGAGAUUCAACAUGAUUUCUUAUGAGAUGACUCAAGCUGUCUGGUCUGUUUAGUUUUCUUUGUGAAUACAUGCUCUUAUGGAUGUUUAACUCUUUACAAAUUUAAACAAGAGGCAUUUGCCACCGUAAAUUUACCGGUAGACUGGUAGUUGGCUUUAAUCAAGCUUCUUUAGUUUAUGUUUAGUUUUUCUCUUGCAUUUUGUAGAGACUUACUGAUUGAACUGAUGAAUAGUGAAGUGGUGUACUGAUAUGAACAAAGAAUCAUCCCGAGCAUAAGAAGCACAUAUGUCUGUUCAGCGUAUAGCUCUCUUUGGUA